AUGUCAGUGCCAAGUGAAAAUGGGAUCAAAAUCAAAAGGAAGAGUCUGCUUAAAGAAAACAAGCUAAAUUGAGUACAAUAUGAAAUUAAUCUGCUGGAACUGAUCAAGAAAAGAAGAGCACGCAUUGGAUAUUCAUUUAAGAAGGAUGAAAUUGAGAACUCUAUUCUGCAUAGAGUCCAUUGCCUCUUCAACCGUGCUACAGGAAAGUGGAAAGAUGACAUCCAGCUUUGGCUUUCACAUGUUGCAUUUUGCAAGCAGUGGAAUGCAAAGCAUCAGCUUAGUAAAGUGUUCUCUACCAUGUUGGCCAUUCAUCCCAAUAAACCAGCACUGUGGAUUAUGGCAGCAAAAUGGGAAAUGGAGACCCAGCUCUCGUCAGAAAGUGCAAGGCACUUGUUCCUCCGUGCUUUGCGCUUCCACCCAGAGUGCCCAAAGAUUUACCAAGAAUAUUUCAGAAUGGAGCUGAUGAAUGCUGAAAAACAGAGGAAGGAAAAGAAAGCAUUUGAACAAGCAAAGAUGGACUUGGGGGAAUUCAGUUAUUCUGAAGAGAUUCUCAAUGGGGAAAUGGCUCGCAUCAUCUACAGGGAAGCUGCUCAGAAAAUUAAAGGUGUUGAGUUCCAUCUGGCUGUGCUUUCCAUUGCAAAGCUCUUUGAUUUUACCCAAGAUAUGCAAAAAGAAAUUCUGGAAAGUUUGCAGGCCAAGUAUGCUGAUGAUCCCCUUAUGUGGGACUACAUGGCCCGUCGUGAGCUGGAGCUGGGGUCCCUGCAGUCCUCAGAACACACCACGAAACGGAUGAAAGUGUCUGAAAUGACCCAGAGAGAGGAACGAUGCUGUGCAGUCUUUGAAGAGGCUGUGAGAGCUGUCCCAACAGAGGACAUGUGGAAGUGCUACAUCACUUUUUGCUUAGAGAGAUAUAACAGGAAAACCAACAGUGAAGAAUUAAAGCAAAAGAGGCUGGAGAGGACACUGAACGUGUUCAACAAAGUCCACGAGUCCAGACUGCUGCCAGAAGUUCUCUACAAGCAGUGGCUUCAGCUGUUACUGGAGUUCAACCUCUUGGAGAAGGCUACAGAGGUGGCAGAAGCUGCAACUGAGCAGUUCAGCCUGUCAGUGGAAAUGUGGCAGAUGAGGCUGCAGAUGCUGAUCCAGCUGAAGAGUGACAGUGUCAGCCAGUGUUUUGAAGAAGCCGUUAAGCAAGUGAAGUCAAAGGGCACCUUGCCAUUAUGGACCCUCUGGGUAGAAUGGAGUGAAGGCACAAGCAGCAAGGAAGAGACAGAAGCUCUCUACCAGAGAUCCUUGCAUGCCACAACUCCUGAAUCGGUGACUAUGAAAGAAAAAUAUCUUGACUGGACAUACAGAAGUGGUGGUUAUAAGAAAGUUAAGAAAGUCUUUAACAGCUUGUGUGAAAAUCGUCCAUUUUCAAUUAACUUCUUCAGGAAGAUGAUCCAAAUAGAAAAGGAGCAAGAAUCUUGCAAAAUGCUUCAUGUAAGAGAAUACUAUGAACGUGCCUUGAGAGAGUUUGGUUCAACAGAUUGUGAUCUAUGGCUGGAUUAUGUCAGAGAGGAAUUAAGUCAUCCCCAAGGCAAACCAGAAAACUGUGGGAGCAUUCACUGGCGAGCUAUGAAGAUGUUGCAGGGAAACCUGGUGGAAGACUUUGUUUCCAAAUACACUUUAUUGCAAACUGGACAUUUAUGA